UCUAGUUUGAUUCCGUCAGGGGCAGAGAAACCGGCAAAGUGCGUUGUUUGCACACAUCUGCUGUGUGCGAGAUUCCGGGCGCGGGACUGGGCUCUUUUGCCCGCGGUCCUUUCAGGCCACGCCUCAAGGGCAUGUGUGGUAGGGAAGUUGACACCGAUCGCGCUGCACAACCACAUGGCUGGGAAGUGGGGCGAUUGGUGCCUCUUGGGCUCUCUCAACGUCAGGACUUAAACAAGACAAACGGGCGGCUGGUCUUCAUAAGAAUCUCGUUUCCUCUUUUUUUCUUUUCGGUCUCAUUUUUGUGUUGUCUGUGUCACGAUUGAUUUCACUGGAAUUUAAAAGUCGUUGUUACUUUCCCAGCCCGCCGGUAGAGCUGGCAUUACCACUGGCCACCAUGGCGCUCUCACCUAUGCAAUUCGCGCUCAUACAAGCCGCCGUGAUCGGCUCCCUAUCCAACAUCAUAGCCCAGGUCAUUGCCGCUCAGAGAGAUAACAAACCAAUCACAAUCAACCUCCUCUCCCUCUUCCAAUACGUCCUCUUCGGCCUGGUCAACACCCCCCCCAACAUCCUCUGGCAGGAAUACCUCGAGUCCACCUUCCCUUCUUACCACCCCUCCCCCACCCCGGAAGCCAUCGCCUCCGCGUCAAAGGGUUCAGAAGCGGAACUCGACGCCGAGGAGAAGGAAGGGAAACUUGUCGAGCCAAAGCUGAACAGGCGGAACACCGCCAUUAAGACCCUGCUAGAUCAGACGGCCGGCGCGGCGGUGAACACGUUUUUGUACUCGAUGUUUAUGAACGGGAUUCAAAUGGGCAUGGCACACCACGAACUAGAGGCACAGACGAGCCUUGGGUUUCUGUUUGGGGAAAAGGGCGUGGUGAGGGCUCAAGAUGUGAACUGGGGGGUUGUGUGGGAGAGGACAAGGGGGGAGUUUUGGGGGAUUGUCAAGGCGGGGUGGAAGUUUUGGCCGGUGAUCAGUUUGGUGAACUUUACGUUUUUGAAGAGCGUGGAGAUGAGGAAUUUGGUUGGGGGGUUGGCGGGGGUUGGGUGGGGGGUUUAUGUUAAUUUGUUUGCUGGGAAUUGA